AUGUACAAGGCGCAUUUUUGGGUUGCCAUUGUGGCAGGUCUUGAAGCCUCCUUGGCCAGCUGCACAUUAAGCGCCAAUCGAAACUGGCCCGGAAACUCGUCGACGACGGUGCCUUCGGUAUUCCCGCUGCUCGAAGAUGUGGGUUCUGUGGAACUAUUCCCGAUGUCACUCUGCGGAACUUUCGAGUUGGAAGAGGCGACGAUUGAUGAGAUGCAAGCGGCCCUGGCAGCAGGGACGCUUACAUCUCAGCAGCUAGUCGGGUGCUAUAUCCAACGAACUUACCAGACGCAGGAAUACAUUCACUCUAUCCUCCAAAUCAAUCCAGAUGUCUUCCAAAUAGCUACCAAGAUGGAUGCCGAACGCAAGGCAGGGAAGAUCCGAGGGCCGCUUCACGGAAUACCAUUCACCGUCAAAGACAACAUCGCUACCAAGGACAACAUGGAGACAACGGCAGGCAGCUUCGCGCUCUUGGGCAGUAUUGUUCCCCGCGACGCUCACGUCGUCGCACGCCUUCGCGAAGCGGGCGCCAUCUUAUUUGGCAAAGCUGCUCUGAGUGAGUGGGCCGAUAUGCGCAGCAACAACUACUCGGAGGGGUUUUCGGCCAGAGGCGGUCAGUGCCGAAGCCCGUACAACUUCACCCUCAACCCGGGCGGGAGUAGCACGGGGAGCGCAGUUGGUGUCGCGGCGAAUACUAUUGCCUUCUCGCUGGGCACGGAGACGGAUGGCAGUGUCAUCAACCCCGCUGAACGCAACUCCAUUGUGGGAUUAAAGCCUACGGUUGGGGUGACUUCUAGAGCUGGGGUCAUCCCGGAGAGUGAACAUCAAGAUUCUGUCGGAACCUUUGGUCGCACAGUCAGAGAUGCUGUGUACGCGUUCGAUGCCAUUUAUGGCAUUGACGACCGGGACAACUACACGUUGGCCCAGGAAGGAAGAACUCCUGAAGGGGGGUACACUCAAUUCCUGUCCACAAAAGAGAUACUUAGAGGCGCUACUUUUGGACUCCCGUGGAACAGUUUCUGGGUCCACGCAGACGACGAGCAGAGGGAAUCUCUGGAGCAAUUGCUCAAGCUUAUUACUGGGGCCGGAGCGAUGAUUGUUAAUAAUACCGAAAUAACCGACUAUGAGACCAUUAUUAGCCCUGAUGGUUGGGAUUGGGACUAUGGCACCACAAGAGGCUACGCCAACGAGUCUGAAUACACCGUGGUCAAGGUCGACUUUUACAACAACAUCAACACCUAUCUCUCCGAACUAGAAAACACCGACAUCAAGACUUUCGAAGAUAUUGUUGCAUUCAAUUACGACAAUGACGGAACUGAGGGCGGCCACCCUUGGCCACUUGGCACAGCCGCGUUCUACUCGGGGCAAGACGGUUUUCUGGCCUCGCUCGAAUCAAAAGGUAUCAAGGAUGAGACUUAUCUCCAAGCUGUCGAGUUCUCCCAGAAAUCGACGCGGAACGGUAUCAACGAUGCUCUCACAUCUUCUAAUGGCACAAAAUUGGCUGGUCUUCUCGUCCCUCCUGAUGUUGGCCAGACGUAUCAAGUUGCGGCUCAGGCUGGGUACCCCAUGAUCACCCUUCCGGCCGGCGUUCGUUCUAGCAAUGGGAUGGGGUUUGGUCUCGCCAUUAUGCAAACUGCGUACGGGGAAGCAGAGCUGAUCAAGUGGGGGAGCGCGAUUGAGGAUUUGCAGUUAGCGACGGAGGGGAAUCCUUACAAGAGGUCUUUGCCCAAAUGGUACGAAUACCUCACGCGGAAUGUUCCAGUCUUCUGA